AUGAACCGGGCCAAGACCGCCACGGUCCGGAGGCCGAGCGCUGCAGCCAAGCCUUCAGGACACCCUCCACCAGGGGAUUUCAUUGCCCUGGGCUCAAAGGGACAGGCCAGUGAGUCAAAAACGGCAUCUACCCUGCUGAAGCCGGCACCCCCUGGCCUACCUUCUGAGCGCAAGCGGGAUGCCGCGGCUGCGUUAUCAGGUGCCUCGGCGCUGACCGGCCUCACCAAACGCCCCAAACUCUCAUCCACACCCCCACUGAGUGCCCUGGGGCGCCUGGCUGAGGCUGCAGUGGCAGAAAAGCGAGCUAUUUCUCCCUCGAUUAAGGAGCCGUCCGUGGUGCCGAUCGAAGUCCUGCCCACAGUGCUGCUAGAUGAGAUCGAGGCUGCCGAGCUUGAGGGCAAUGAUGGCCGUGUCGAGGGUGUGCUGUGCGGGGCCGCCAAGCAGCUGCGGCUCACCCGGGCCAAGCCCGACAGCACGCUGUACCUCAGCCUCAUGUACCUGGCCAAGGUCAAGCCCAACAUCUUCGCCACAGAGGGUGUCAUCGAGGCACUGUGUAGCCUCCUGCGUCGGGACGCCUCCGUCAACUUCAAAGCCAAGGGGAAUAGCCUGGUCUCCGUGCUGGCCUGCAACCUGCUCAUGGCUGCCUACGAAGAGGACGAGAACUGGCCGGAGAUCUUUGUCAAGGUGUACAUUGAAGAUUCCCUGGGUGAGCGCAUCUGGGUGGAUAGCCCACAUUGCAAGGCCUUUGUGGACAACAUCCAGACGGCCUUCAACACCAAGAUGCCCCCCAAAAGUGUGCUGCUGCAGGGGGAGGCGGGCCGCGGCGGCGGGGACCUCAGUGCUGGAAGCAGCCCACACCCCUCCCUUACCGAGGAGGAGGACAGCCAGACGGAGCUCCUGAUUGCUGAGGAGAAGCUGAGCCCCGAACAGGAGGGCCAGCUCAUGCCCAGGUUUGACGACCUCGCGGAGAGCGUGGAGGAGUACGUCCUGGACGUGCUGCGGGACCAGCUCACCCGGCGCCAGCCCAUCGACAAUGUCUCCAGGAACCUGUUGCGGCUACUCACCUCCACCUGUGGGUACAAGGAGGUGCGGCUCAUGACAGUGCAGAAGCUGGAGAUGUGGCUGCAGAACCCCAAGCUGACCAGGCCGGCCCAGGACUUGCUUAUGUCUGUGUGCAUGAACUGUAACACCCACGGCCCGGAGGACGUCGACGUCAUCUCUCACCUGAUCAAGAUCCGCCUCAAGCCCAAAGUGCUGCUCAACCACUACAUGCUGUGUGUCAGGGAGCUACUGAAUGCCCACAAGGACAACCUGGGCACCACCAUCAAGUUUGUGGUCUUUAACGAGCUGUCCAACGCCCGGAACCCCAACAACAUGCAGAUCCUGUACACCGUGCUGCAACAUAGUGCUGAGCUGGCACCCAAGUUCCUGGCCAUGGUGUUCCAGGACCUGCUGACCAACAAAGAGGACUACCUGCGGGCGUCUCGGGCCCUGCUGCGUGAGAUCGUCAAGCAGACCAAGCACGAGAUCAACUUCCAGGCCCUGUGCCUGGGCCUCAUGCAGGAGCGGAAGGAGCCACCACACCUGGACAUGGAGUUCAAGGAGCGUUUUGUCAUCCACGUGACAGACCUGCUGGCUGUGUCCAUGAUGCUGGGGAUCACCGCCCAGGUGAAGGAGGCUGGGCUCGCCUGGGACAAAGGCGAGAAGAGGAACCUCGAAGUGCUGCGUGCCUUCCAGAACCAGAUCGCCGCCAUCCAGCGGGACGCCGUGUGGUGGCUGCACACGGUGGUGCCCUCCAUCAGCAAACUGGCCCCCAAGGACUAUGUGCACUGCCUCCACAAGGUUCUCUUCACGGAGCAGCCAGAGACCUACUACAAGUGGGACAACUGGCCGCCAGAGAGUGAUCGCAACUUCUUCCUGCGCCUCUGCUCAGAGGUGCCUAUCCUGGAGGACACGCUCAUGCGAAUCCUGGUCAUCGGGCUGUCCCGAGAGCUCCCGCUCGGCCCUGCCGAUGCCAUGGAGCUGGCCGACCACCUGGUGAAGCGGGCCGCCGCCGUGCAGGCUGACGACGUGGAAGUGCUGAAGGUGGGAAGGAUCCAGCUGAUAGAUGCCGUCCUGAACCUGUGCACCUACCACCACCCGGACAACAUCCAGCUCCCUCCUGGGUACCAGCCCCCAAACCUCGCCAUCUCCACUCUGUAUUGGAAGGCCUGGCCACUGCUGCUGGUCGUAGCUGCCUUCAAUCCCGAGAAUAUCGGUCUGGCUGCCUGGGAAGAGUACCCCACUCUGAAGAUGCUCAUGGAAAUGGUGAUGACCAACAACUACUCGUACCCGCCGUGCACGCUGACGGACGAGGAGACCCGCUCCGAGGUGAUCAGCCGUGAGCUGCAGACAUCCCAGCGGGAGAAGCAGGAGAUCCUGGCCUUUGAGGGGCACCUGGCGGCCGCGUCCACCAAGCAGACCAUCACAGAGAGCAGCAGCCUGCUCCUGUCCCAGCUCACCAGCCUGGACCCGCAAGGGCCCCCCCGACGGCCGCCUCCCCACAUCCUGGAGCAGGUGAGGGCCCUGAACCAGUCCCUGCGGCUCGGCCACCUGCUGUGCCGCAGCCGGAGCCCCGACUUCCUGCUGAACAUCAUCCAGAGGCAGGCCUCCUCCCAGUCCAUGCCCUGGCUGGCCGACCUGGUGCAGUCCAGUGAGGGCUCCCUGGACGUGCUCCCGGUGCAGUGCCUCUGUGAGUUUCUGCUGCACGACGCAGCUGCCGCGGCCGCCUCCACAGACGACGAGGAGGAUGGCGAGAGCAAAGAGCAGAAGGCCCGGAAGCGGCAGAGGCAACAGAAGCAGCGGCAGCUGCUGGGCCGCCUGCAGGACCUGCUGCUGGGCCCCAAGGCGGACGGGCAGACCACGUGUGAGGUGCUGGACUACUUCCUGCGGCGUCUCAGCUCCUCCCAGGUGGCCUCGAGGGUGCUGGCCACGAAGGGCUUGUCACUGGUGCUCUCGGAGGGCAGCCUGCGGGACGGCGAGGAGAAGGAGCAGCCGAUGGAUGAGGACUCGGGGGGCCCUGAGCUGCCCACCUACCAGUGGCUGCUCCGGGACCUGCCUCGGCUGCCCCUGUUCCACAGCGUGAGGAGCACCGCCGCUCUGGCGCUGCAGCAGGCCAUCCACAUGGAGACGGACCCGCAGACCAUCAGUGCCUACCUGGUGUACCUGUCCCAGCACACACCUGUGGAGGAGCAGGGCCAGCACAGUGACCUGGCUCUGGACGUGGCCCGGCUCAUCGUGGAGCGCUCCACCAUCAUGGCCCACCUGUUCUCCAAGCUCGCCCGCAGCUCGCAGUCCGACGCUGUCCUGGCCGCACUGCUCUCCGUCUUCUCCCGCUAUGUGCGGCGCAUGCGCAAGAGCAAGGAGGGCGAGGAGGGCUACAGCUGGUCAGAGUCCCAGGACCAGGUGUUCCUGCGCUGGGCCAGCGGGGAGGCUGCUACCAUGCACAUCCUGGUGGUGCACGCUAUGGUGAUCCUGCUGACGCUGGGACCGCCGCGAGCUGAUGACAGUGAGUUCCGAGCCCUGUUGGACAUCUGGUUUCCUGAAAAGAAGCCCCUGCCCACCGCCUUCUUGGUGGAUACGUCGGAGGAGGCUCUGCUGCUACCGGACUGGCUGAAGCUUCGCAUGAUCCGAUCUGAGGUGCCACGCCUGGUGGAUGCUGCCCUGCAGGAUCUGGAACCGCAGCAGCUGCUGCUGUUUGUGCAGUCCUUUGGCAUCCCCGUGUCCAGCAUGAGCAAGCUGCUGCAGUACCUGGACCAGGCUGUGGCCCACGACCCCCAGACGCUGGAGCAGAACAUCAUGGACAAGAAUUACAUGGCCCAUCUGGUGGAGGUCCAGCACGAGAGGGGAGCCUCUGGGGGUCAGACCUUCCACUCUCUGCUCACAGCCUCCCUGCCCCCCCGGCGAGACAGCACGGAUGCCCCCAAACCCAGAAGCAGCCCCGAGCCCCCAACAGGCCAGGGGCGGAUCCGGGCGGGUACCCAGGUCCGGGCGAUUGGGCCUGAGGAUGACUUGGCUAGCCUGUUCCUGCAGAUCUUCCCACUAAGCCCUGACCCUCGGUGGCAGAAUACGAACCCUCGCCCUCUCGCCCUGGCACUGCAGCAGGCCCUAGGCCAAGAGCUGGCCCGUGUGCGCCAGGGCGACCCCGCCGUGGCGGGCACCACGGUCCGGGUCCUGCAGGCCCUGGCCACCCUGCUGAACUCACCUCAUGGUGGCGCGCUGGUGAUGGCCAUGCACCGGAGCCACUUCCUCGCCUGCCCGCUGCUGCGCCUGCUGCACCAGUACCAGCGCUGUGCGCCCCAGGACUCCAGUUUCUCGUCGUUGCUGCUCACGGUGCUCACACAGAUGCUGCAGUGGCUGGAGAGCCGAGCUGUGGAGCCUGGGCCCCUGCUGGCCCAGCUCAGAUUGCUUGCCGCCCAGUAUUCGGCCCGGCACAGAGUCGGUGAUGUCCGGAGCGCAUUCCUACACCUGGCGGAGGUCCUGGCCUGCCAGCGGGACCCAGAGGCACUCACCUCUGCAGUGCGAGCCGUCACUGCCACCCUCAGGUCAGGGGAGAAGUGCAGCUUGGAGCCAGAGCUGGUCGGCAAAGUCCUCCGGGGUCUGAUUGAGGUGCGGUCCCCCCACCUGGAGGAGCUGCGGGCCGUGCUCUUUGCCACCCCCGCAGACCCUGCCUGUGCGUGCGCCGGUGUUCAGCCUGUCACUGUGGUGAGCACCCUGCUGCUGCAGGAGGAGGAGGGGCCUGUGGGCCCAGGGCCACCACAGGCUGACGGCUGCAGCCUGGAAGCGGUACAUCUGGGGCCCUCGUCGGGACUGCUCGUGGACUGGCUGGAGAUGCUGGACCCCGAGGUGAUUGGCAGCUGCCCGGACUUGCAGCAGAGGCUCCUGUUUGCCCGGAACAAGGGCAAAGGCCAUGCUGGUGCCCAGGUGCCGUCCUUCCGGCCUUACCUCUUGGCACUGCUCACGCACCAGUCCAACUGGUCCACCUUGCACCACUGCAUCCGCCUCCUGCUGGGCAAGAGCCGGGAGCACAGGCCUGACCCAUCUGCCUGCCUGGAUUUCCUGUGGGCCUGUGUCCAUGUGCCUCGGAUCUGGCAGGGCCGGGACCAGCGCACCCCUCAGAAGCGGCGGGAGGAGCUGGUGUUGCGAGUGAAGGCCCCGGAGCUCAUCAGCCUGGCGGAGCUGAUCCUGGCCGAGCCCGAGACACGAAGCCCCGAGGCGGACGAGGCCUCCUGCAGCCUCCUCCAGGCCCGGCUGCCUCUGCUGCUCAGCGGCUGCCGUGGGGACGACGAGGGCGUGCAGAAGGUGAUGGAGCACCUGACGGGCCGCAUCCAGCAGUGGGGCGACAGCGUGGCGGGCAAGCGCUGCCGAGAGCUGCUUCUGCAGAUCUACCUGCAGCGGCCGGAGCUGCGGGGGCCUGUGCCGGAGGUCCUGCUGCGCGGGGAGGGGGCCCCUGGCAGCAGCGUCUGCAAGCUGGACGGUCUCACCCACCGCUUCAUCACCCUCCUGGCGGACACCAGCGACUCACGCUCAUCUGAGAGCCGUGUGGCUGAUGCCAACAUGGUGUGCCGGAAGCUGGCGGUAGCCCACCCCAUCCUGCUGCUCAGGCACCUGCCCAUGCUGGCCGCCCUGCUGCACGGGCGCACGCACCUCAACUUCCAGGAGUUCCGGCAACAGAACCACCUGACCUUCUUCCUGCACGUGCUGGGCGUCCUGGAGCUGCUGCAGCCGCGGGUGUUCCGCAGUGAGCACCAGGGGGCGCUGUGGGACUGCCUGCUGUCCUUCGUGAGACUGCUGCUGAACUACCGCAAGUCCUCCCGCCACCUGGCCCCCUUCAUCAGCAAGUUUGUGCAGCUCCUGCAUAAAUACAUCACCUGCAACGCCCCCGCUGCCGUUGCCUUCCUACAGAAGCAUGCCGAUGCGCUCCAUGACCUGUCCUUCGACAACAGCGACCUGGUGAUGCUCAAGUCCCUCCUGGCUGGGCUGAGCCUGCCCAGCAGGAGUGGUGUUGCCGACCGGGGCCUGGAUGAGGAGGGCGAGGAUGACAGCCCCGCCGGCUCCCUGCCCCUGCUUAGCGUCUCUCUCUUCACCCCGCUGACGGCAGCAGAGGUGGCCCCCUACGUGAAGAGGCUCUCCCGGGGCCAGACCGUUGAGGAUCUGCUGGAGGUGCUGAGUGACAUCGACGAGAUGUCCUGGCGGAGGCCGGAGAUCCUGGGCUUCUUCUCGACCAACCUGCAGAGGCUGAUGAGCUCGGCCGAGGAGUCCUGCCGCAACCUGGCCUUCAGCCUGGCCCUGCGCUCCAUCCAGAACAACCCCAGCAUUGCAGCCGACUUCCUGCCUACCUUCAUGUACUGCUUGGGCAGCCGGGACUUUGAGGUGGUGCAGACAGCCCUCAAGAACCUGCCCGAGUACACCCUCCUGUGCCAAGAGCACGCAGCCGUGCUGCUGCACCGUGCCUUCCUGGUGGGCAUGUAUGGCCAGGUGGACACCAGUGCCCAGAUCUCCGAGGCCCUGAGGAUCCUGCACAUGGAGGCCCUCAUGUGA